AUGAUCAAAGGUAGCACCAUCUUGGCUGCAGCUUAUCGCGUUUCUGUACAAGUACAGUCAGCAGUAGUACUCGACAUGAAUACCACCACACGAUGUAUCGCCGAAUCGCCACACACCAUCGGCUUAUCACCAACCAUCUCGCAGUUGCUCAAAUCUAAAAGGGAUUACGCCACGAAAAAGACGGAGGUUUUCGCAACCGAAAAGAACGAGCGGAUGAACUACUGGCUGGGGAAUGAUACCGAAACAGAAGCAGAAAACAGCAUCCCGUUUACCGCGUUUGGAAAACUGGCUAAUGCUGCUGCGAGUUUGGGCUGCAGUGGUCCUCUCACUUGCAUCAAAUCUCUCCAAGACGACUUCCGAAUUGUUGGUAAUCAGCAUUGCAUCGCUUCGACUCGCAUCGCAUCAUCAAACGAAACGAGGAGAAGGUUUGAAUUAUCUCCUUCGUAA